UUCUGCUGGUGAAAUAUUCUAGAUUGGCAGCCCUAGAGAGAGAUGGUGUCUCUCUGUAGAAAGAACGUUCUGUACAGAACGGGCAGCACUGGCUUCCCCCAACACACUAGUCUCUGCUAGGGGUCAGGGUGGAUACACAGAGAUAAUGGAACGAAAAUAAAAAGCUCGUGUAUAUUUCAGAUUUUCUCAUUAGCUUGAAGUGGAAGAACAAGCACAUUUGGACCCACUUGGAUUCCAAGUAACCGUCUCCCUGGACGCUGUCUGACCAACACUCCCUGCUACUGGGGCAUCUCAUUGUGGAGUUCUAGGUGGCUAUCGGGUGUGUAUUCACUAUGAAGCUGCUUAAUGUUUCUGCUUUCAAAAUAUCUUCUGAGAAAGAAAGCACUGUCUCCACGCACUCUGGGUACACGAGCGAGAUUAACAGAGCUUCAAAGUAUGUCUACACUGCAGAAAGGAAAAAUAACCCGUGGCAGAGAGUCUUAGAGGCCAGGUCAAUUGAUUCUGCCUUGUGUGGCUUGCGCUACAGGGCCAAAAACAGGUGAGGUGGGAGGGUGAUAUUGCCAUAGUGAACGUGAGAGAGAGGAGAGAGAGAGAGAUGUUUUAGUCGUAUCACUGUUCAGUAGACUGGUUUUCUCUUGAAUGGUGAUCUUUGCCAAACCCACUUGUGUUGCUUCUGAUUCCUCGCUGAGUUAUGCCAGUUCCAUGCUAGUGCCAGGGGCCAGAACGGGUGUGAGGGCUUCUUUCAACCAUGGUUUAACUACAGCCUCCCUUUGUUGAACUCUGCAGUUCAUUCAUACCUCCUUUAGUUAUGUGAACACCCCCUUUGUGAAUAUUAACUUAGUUAUCUCCAAAAGAAUUGUCUUUGUUGAAUUUACUCUGGGACUUUAUUCCAAAAGUGAGGUUUUGGCUGACUUGUCAUAAAUAUAUCCUGGUUCCUAACUGAUGAUUUAAUUAUGGAAGGGUGCUAGUGCUGCAAUAUAAGGCUGGUUUUCAAACACCUCAUCCACCUUUCUGCUCUAUAUCAGGUUGUUGCAGAGUUCAGAGAAUCAUAGAACCAUAGGGUUAGAAGGGACCACAUGGGUCAUGUUCUAGUCUAACCCCCAGCCAAGAUGCAGUGUUUGUUGUGUCUGACCCACCCAAGAUCGAUGGCUAUCCAGCCUCCUUUUGAAAACCUCCAGUGAAGGACCUUCCACAACCUCCCUUGGCAGGUCUGUUCCAUUGCCCAAGUGUUCUGACAGUUAGGAAGCUUUUCCUGAGGUUUAAUCUAAAUCGGCUGUGCUGUAGUUUGAACCCACUGCUACUUGUCCUGCCCUCUGUGGCAAGAGAGAAAAACUUUUCUCCAAUUUUUUAUGGCAGUGUUUCAAGUAGUUGAAGAUGGCUAUCAUGUCCCUCCUUAAUCUCCUCUUUUCCAAACUAAACAUACCCAGUUCCUUCAGCCUUUGCUCGCAUUCCAUCCCUUUGACCACCUUUGUCACUCCUCUCCGGAUCCUUUCUAGUGUCUCUACUUCCUUUCAAAUGAUGCCUAGCCAUAGAAUACCAUGAAGCUAUAUUUGCCAAUGCCAGGGAUGCAAACUUUGAAAAUUCUGAAGUGAUCUUUCUAUUUUAUUUUAUAAUCUCUUUUCUUUAAAAGGAGUAAAAAUCUUGGCAAUUAAACAGACUCACAUGACAUGAGUUUAAGUUUGCAAAUGUCACACAGCCGGACCAGCAUAACGUGGCUUUUGUAUCUUGGCUUUCUACUGUAUUUCACAAUGGUGGUAUCCACCUCCCAGCCCCAUGCAGUUCAUCUUGAAUCAUACGCUUUACCUUGGCUGUGUUUCUUUCUUCUACCCCAACAGCAUCGAUCGCACCUGGAAUAUAUGGCGCAUGGCAAUCAUACUGGAGUGUCCAUGUUCAUCCUUCUAGGAUUCAAAGGCAGUCGAUCGCUGCAAGCUGUCCUCUUUGGGAUGUUUUUGCUUAUCUACAGCAUGAGCCUAGCGGGGAAUCUCAGCAUGAUCUCUUUGAUCAGGAUCGAGACGCGGCUACACACCCCCAUGUAUUUUUUCCUCAGCAACUUGUCCCUUGUAGACCUCACUUACUCUUCCAUUAUUGCCCCUAAGGCACUGGUGAACUUCUUAGCAGAGAGUAAAGUCAUUUCCUUUGCUGGGUGUGCCACGCAAUUUUUUUUCCACUCCUUCUCUGUGAACUCUGAGGGUUUACUUCUGGCUGUGAUGGCAUAUGAUCGCUUCAUAGCUAUAUGCAAGCCGCUGAUGUACACGCUCAUUAUGUCCAGGAAAGUCUGUGUCCAGUUGGUAGUGGCAUCAUACAUUUAUGCCUCCAUUAAUGCCAUUGUGCAUACAGGCUCUUUGUUCAGCCUGUCCUUCUGUGGCCCCAAUAUCAUUGAUCACUUUUUCUGUGACAUCCCCCCACUCCAGAAACUCUCCUGCUCUGACACUCGCGUGGGUGACACAGUGCAUUUCCUCUUUGCUGCUGUAGCUGCACUAAGUACUAUCCUGGUCAUCCUCAUUUCCUAUGUUUCUAUCAUGGUGGCCAUCUUGCGGAUCCGCUCCAACGAGGGCAGACGCAAAGCUUUCUCCACCUGCACCUCCCACCUGAUGGCUGUGUCCAUACUGUAUGGGGCUCUGUUCUUUAUGUACUUACGACCCACAUCCAGCAACUCAUCAGAGUACGACAAAGUGGUGUCCAUGUUCUAUACCCUUGUGAUCCCCAUGUUGAACCCCCUGAUCUACAGCCUGAGGAACAAGGAGGUGAAGGACGCCUUGAGGAAGACAAUAUACCAGAAAAUUAUUCCUCGCUGAAUCUAACUAAGAGGAUGAGUUUCAUCAUUUAAUAAUAAAUAGAAGCGAGAGGAGCUGGCCUGAAAAUGGAAUUUCUCUCCUAUGGAAAAUGUUGAGAUUUCAAAAAAAAUAAUCAUCCUAACUCAGGACAAAAAGUUAAAAUCUCAAAAUACUGUGUGGGAGGGAAAUUCUGAAAAAUUCCAUUUUGGGAAAACCAAAAUGGAUUUUUUUGGCUGACUGGCCACCUGCCUAGAAGGCUCUUCCCCAUUUCAUUUCCUCUCUGUUGGUAGAACACGAGAUUGGCAUGGACUUUCCAAGAAGGUAGCUGAGUCCUGUCCUUUCGACUUCUCCAAUGGAAAAAAAAAUCAGCAAAAAUAAAAAUUUCCUCCCUAAAAUUUUGUGAGAAAGGUAUGUUCUACCAGAAGAUCAUCCCAAUGGAAAAUUCCCAACUGGCUCUAGUGAUGAGGGAAAAGUGAGAUCUUGCUGCUGUUACCCCUGUCACUGGGCCUUGCAUGGUGAGAAAGAAGGCAGGAGCAACAUAAGAGGGAGAUGCCUUUUGGCUCCAACCCAGAGAAGUGCAGCCAAUGUCCAGAGAGGGCCGAAGGAAGGUGGAGCAGCAGAGAGGCUUAUGUCCUGACGUCUCCUUGCAGAACAGCUGGACCCUAAUGGACAGUGAGAAGGGCCAGGGGAGUGAGGGAUGCUCCCUGGCAAGGAUGUGGGAGUGCCCACUAGGAAGUGGG